CGUUUUGCUUUCCUUUCGCCGUCAGUCCGUCAUCAUCUAUCCAUCCCGUAAUUCGUGGUAUCUUUCUCCGGAAUCGUUUGUGUCGCGCAAAAAAGGAGGAACACCAGCUGCUUGGAGAAAUUUCACCUGGUGCCGUAGAAGAAUUCCGUGAUUUUGUGCUCCCGGUGGUGCGACAAUCCGUGCGGUAAAUUGUCCCGUGCUUGAGGACCGCACCAAUGCGGAGGGAAAGUGCCGUUUUUAUGCAGAGUGAACCGUCGAAGGAAAUCGUGUCAUAAAUCUAGCCGGAUUCCCAGGGCUGCAAAACCACACAUCGCUCUCGAUAAUAGGGUGGAAAGAUGGGUGGCCAAAAGUUCCAGUACGAUGAAAGCGGAGGGACUUUCUUUUACUUUAUUCUGUCGUUUCUGGCGCUGAUUCUGAUACCGGCCACUUUCUACUUUUGGCCUCGCAAGAAAAAGGAAGACCCAGAGCGCUUCAAAGCAGAAUGUCAGUGCGAACCGUGCAACAAGAAACGCAUUCUGAUAUCACAUUCCGACCCGUACAAAGGCGUGAAGGCGUUCUUCGUCAAGGUGCUCAUCAUCGGUGGAUGGUUGCUGCUUGCAUUUUUGACCUACAAGGUGUCCCAAUUCGACUACGAGAUGUCCAACUUUGAUCCCUACGAGAUUCUUGGUGUACCGCUGGGAUCGUCCCAGAAGGACAUCAAGAAGGCGUACCGUACCCUAUCGGUUAUCCUGCAUCCGGAUAAGGAAACUGGUGACGAGAAGGCUUUCAUGAAGCUCACCAAGGCUUACCAAGCGCUGACUGAUGACGAAGCGCGGAAGAAUUGGGAAAAGUACGGCAAUCCGGAUGGCCCCGGAGCGACAUCGUUCGGCAUUGCUCUGCCUUCGUGGAUCGUCGAGAAGGAAAACUCCGUCUGGGUGCUGGGAUUGUACGCGUUGGUCUUCAUGGUGGCGCUUCCUACCGUGGUGGGCACCUGGUGGUAUCGGUCGAUUCGCUACAGUGGCGACAAGGUCCUGCUCGAUACGACCCAGAUGUAUUUCUACUUUUUCCACAAAACGCCCCACAUGGCCCUAAAGCGCGUGGUUAUGAUCUUGGCGGCCAGUUUGGAGUUCGACAAGCGUCACAACACCCAAGUGGUGGAACGCCAGUCAGAUAACGAAGAGGUGCCGAUGCUCAUCAAACAACUACCGAAUCUGAACGAGAAGAUUAAGGAACUGCCCUUGUGUCGGAUGUAUUCGAUCAAGGCGCGCGCUAUUCUACAUGCCCAUCUCAGCCGGAUGGCACUGAAUCCGGAAACGCUGGACAAGGACCGCCAGUUUAUCGUUAAGAAGUGUCCCUACCUCAUCCAGGAGAUGGUCAGCUGCGUCAACCAGCUGAUCAUGUUGGCCUAUGCCAGACGGAUCGCCAAACUCCCAACCAUCGAAACGAUUGAAAACUGUAUGAAACUGUCGCCAAUGAUCAUCCAGGGGCUGUGGGAGUUCAAGAACCCUCUGCUCCAGCUGCCACAUGUCAGCGAAGAGCACUUGCGGUAUUUCAUCUCCAAGAAACCCCCAAUCCGCAAUCUGCAGCAGUUCGCCCAGUUGCCGGCCGAGGAAAGCCGCCUGGUCCUGCGCAGUUUGAGCGACUUUGAAUACGAGAACGUGAUGAAGGUGCUGGGCAGGAUGCCGUUGAUCGACUUUGCCGUCAAGUGCGAAGUGGUGGACGACGAGAACUCGAACGUGGUCACGGCUGGAGCCAUUGUGACCGUGACGGUCGAAUUGGUCCGAAGGAGCAUGAGUGAGCUGUUCGGGGACACCACCGCCAAGGAGAAGCAGAGCAUUACAGAAAGCAAUGACGAUGGAGCUGAAGGCGACGACAAUGGAGGAGACGCAACGGUGGCAUCAAAGGAUGAAAAGGAAGAUGCCAAGGCGGCGAAGAAGCCCGUUUGGCAACCGAAGGCAGGCGGCAAGGGUCACAAGGGCAAGAGCAAAGGUGCGGCCAAUAAAAAUAGGCACCGACAGGCAGCGGCCGCUGCCGCUGCGCUCGCUCAAACCCAGGCCACAAAGGUCGAGAAGAAUAAAAUCAACGAAAAAGUUCGCAAGGAGGAAUCGGAUGCUGACAGUGGUGCCGAAAGUGACAACGACUUCAGCUCCGACGAGGGAAAGAAGUCCUCUGUGGAAGAUGACGAUGUUGAGUGGGAAAAGUUCCAACAGAAGAUCAACAAGCGUGAGAAGUUGGAAGGCAAAUCCAAGGUAUCCCACCCGGUGCACUGCCCCUUGUUCCCAGAGGAAAAAUACGAAUACUGGUGGACGUACAUCUGCGACCGAAAGUCGCGCACUCUUCUCACGGCACCGUACCACGUCACCAACCUGGUGCACCGCGAGGAGGUGGCCCUCACAUUCACCGCGCCCAAGUGGCCCGGCGUGUACGUGUUCACCGUCUGCCUCCGGUCGGAUUCCUACUUCGGAAUGGACCAGCAGGUCGACCUGAAGCUGGACGUCAAGGAGGCGGCCGCUAUCCCGACCGAACAUCCGCAGUGGGACAUCAGCGAUUCGGAAUCGGAAACGAACGAACAGCAGGCCAACGAGAGCGAAUUCACUACGGAUUCGUCCGAUGCGGAAAAUGACGACAAUUAGGCUUGACUGGAGAGGGAGAGAGAGAGUGGGAGAUGAGGUAAAAUGUGUGCGUGAGGAGGAGUGCAUGCACGUUGCAAUGAGAGUGAUUAUUAUAAACUUUCCCCCAAAUCGAAUUCAUUUUCUUGUUUGAACAGCUACAGUUGAAAUGGGCCACUGAUUACAUACAGUGAUGGGCAAAACUCUAGGACCACAUCACUAGAAAGAAUUUUAUUUGCUGAAUUUCUAUAUUGUGAUUUUGCUUCUAUAAUAUAAUUUUACCAUUCAAUUUUAAGAAUUAUGCAUUUGCAGAAAAUAACACAGGGUGCCCAUCUGGGAAACCCGGGAAAAAAGUCGGGCAUUCCAAAUGACCCGGAAAAAUACAGGAAAUUGUAGAACAUACCGGGAAAAUAUGCUACAAAACUGUGCUAGGAGCCGCAAGACUUUCCCACUUGCACUUAGUAACACGACUAGCUGAUCAAAAGUUGCUGAAGAUAUAUUUACGGCAUGUUUCAAAUUGUUCGAAAAGAAAAUCAAGAUCAAUCGUGUCCGGUAUAAGUGUUCAGUCGAGAAUGCAAAAAGGUGAGCUCGUUGAUGCCUAUGAUAACACAUUUUUAUCGUAGCAACGUUACGUUUAUGUAAUUUUCAAACAAACUAAGAAUCACCCCUUCACUACAAUUAUUAUUCGUAAAAUUCAAUAAAUAAAUUAAAUUUUGCCGCAAAAUCACAAUGGCAUUAUACCUAAAAUAAAACAAAUUAGCGAUAAUAAAAAAAAAAUAAAAAAAUGGUCUUAAAGUUUUAUCCGUCACUGCAUUUCAAAACUCAGAAAGACUUUUAUAACUCCGUUUCAAUAUUCAAAGGUAUCAACUAGUUCUAAGCAAUCCCGUGGCGGUGUAAAAAGUGACCCAAUUCGCGAGCAUAUUUGCACAACUGUUCAUUGUUAUCAAUUUCCAUUGACCCUGAAACUUUCCCCACAUCCUUAUUUGCUAAAAAAAACUGUUGCGAGACAGACAGAGUAGAGCUAAGACGGAAUUCAAUCCCACUGAUGGUAUCGAACGUGAACGAGAUGAGUGACAGCUAAUGAAAAAAAACGGGCACGGGGAAAGAAUGCACUUUUUUAUAUUAAACAAAAAUCACUACAACACGCUCGGUUCGAAGCGAAAGACUACAAUAUUUCUAGAGCAAAUUUUGGGUAAAAGUAAGUUAGAUUAAAAAAACGCAGAAAUAAAAGCAUAGUUAUGUAGUGUUAAAAAAACUGAAAGGCUC